AUGGCCAUCAGAAAAUCAAACAAAUUGUCACAAGCAGCAGUAAUAAAGCAGAUUAUGAAGAGAUGCUCGAGUUUAACGAAGAAACAUGCAGGAUAUGAUGAAGAAGGGCUUCCUGUGGACGUCCCAAAAGGGCAUUUUGUAGUGUAUGUUGGGGAAAACAGAAGCAGAUACAUUGUUCCAAUAUCGUUCUUGAAUAAACCUCAAUUUCAGAUGCUUCUGCAACGUGCAGAAGAAGAAUUUGGAUUUGAUCAUGAUAUGGGACUCACCAUUCCUUGUAAAGAAGAUGAUUUUCAGUCUAAGAUGGAAUUAAUCUAA